AGCCCGGUUUUUGGAGAUCCAUUCGUCCUCGCACGUCCUUCACUGUGAAGGUGUAUUUUAGUGUUAUCAAAGAAAGUAUAUCUUUGGCGUUAUGGACAUGGAAAUUCGAGACGCUGAAUUCAUUGAAAAUUCCGAAGAAAUACCGGAUGAUGAUGAGUGCCCAUGGCCGCACCUGGAGGAGCUGUUCACAUACAGAGGAAGGAAAGGAGACAGCGUGCAAAUGCAAUGCAAACUUUGUUUGCCAUCUGCAGUGAUUUCAGCUUACAAGACUUCAGCCUCUAAUCUCAAAAAACACAUUAUGAGGAAACAUCCAUCAAAGAUUGAUCAGUACAAUGACAUUGUGACAGCAGCAGCACGUAGUCAACGUAAGACCACAGCCACACCAAACAAGCUCUCAUCAAGUAAGCAAGCCAAGUUACCAGAUGUGAUGUUGGCAGCUGCAAGCAAACGUGUCCCUCAAACAACUGUUGACAAGCUAAUCAUCAAUUUUAUAUGUGAAAGUGUACAGCCAUUUACAGUGGUAGAACAGCCAGCUUUCAAAGAAUUAAUUACCACACUGCAACCUCAAGCCAAAGUCAUCUCCAGAUCCACCGUCCGUACCAGAAUCUGUGAUGCUGCUGACGACAUGAAGAAGACUUUGAUUGCAGAAUUGGGUAAAGCCAAAUUUGUUGCAACCACCACAGAUUGUUGGUCAGCUCAUCAGAAAAGUUACCUUGGUGUAACUUGCCACUGGAUUAAUGAGGAGACCUUAGAAAGAAGAUCUGCAGCACUAGCAUGCAAAAGAUUAAGGGGGUCUCACACAUUUGACGUGAUUGCUGGUGCUCUUGAUGAUGUCCAUUGUCAAUACAAGAUUAGAGACAAAGUAGUAAGGACCACAACCGAUAGUGGAUCCAACUUCCUCAAAGCUUUCCAUGUGUUCGGAAUGCAGAAAGAUGCAGAGGUAGAUGACGAUGAAGAAGACAUGGAUGCUCUUGACGCAAGUGACCAUAUUGAGUAUCAUGAUGCAAGUACAAUCCUUGAUGAAGACUCUGGUAUGGAAUAUCAACUACCCCCUCAUCAACGAUGUGCAUGUCACUUGCUAAAUCUUGUGGCAACAACUGAUGCUUCCCUUGCAGAGGCCAUGAAUGACACCUACAAGAGGCUUUUUCGUGCAACAUUUGCAAAAUGCCAGGCCAUUUGGAACAAAACUGGGCGAUCUCAUUUGGCUAGUGAAGUGGUAGAGGACAAGUGUGGGCUACAGAUCAUUCGCCCCAAUGCAACACGUUGGAAUUCCACCUGUCUUGCCACUGAAAGAAUUAUACGCAUCAUUGAUGAGAAAGGUGAAGAUUCCAUUAGGGGUGUAUGUGACGAACUCAAGGUGAAAAUGUUAAGUCCUGCAGAAGUUGCAUUCCUCCGGGAGUAUAGCAUCACCAUGAAGCCACUGAUGAAAGCUUCAAACAUCCUCCAGUCAGAGUCCAGUGUUUACAUGGGAUGGCUGCUGCCAGUAAUCCACCAGCUUCUAUCCAAACUCAACAGACUAGAGAUAUCAAGCAAGACCUGCACACCACUCAUCAGAGCCCUGCAAAAUGGCCUGCAUAAGCGUUUUGGACAGAUGAUGGAGGAUCCAGAAUUGGCUGCUGCUGCAGUCCUCUUACCCAAGUUCAAGACCUCCUGGACUGACAGAGCAGAUGAUAUAGAAGCUGGUAAUUUCAAAUUUAUAUGAUCUCAUU